AUGGGCAGAAGUAGUAGCAUCUCUGCGGCUCAGAGACCUCCAUUUCUAAGCACCCAUCAUGAUGUCUCACCUACACUCCAAUUUAGGCAGGAAACUGAGGACGAUUUAGAACUCAGCGAUUUCGAGCUUGAAACCUAUAGUGGUGAGACGUCCAGUACUCCUAACAACCUUCAGUUUUACUCAUCAAAACAAUCGCCUGGAUUGACAAGAAGUCUGGGAGCACUCAACCUGUCUAUAGGGAAUACAAGUAAUAAUACUUCGUCUUCUAGAGCAGGCAGGGCUCUUUCUCAUAUCUAUGAGGAUGCGGAGGAAAAUGCGGAGGCGAUUGCAGAGGAGAAUGCAGAGGAGACUGCAGAUGAAUAUGAACGAUACCAAAUUAGAAGCGGGAGUGCGAACAGUGAUAGCGGUGAAAAUAACAUACGUUGUACUACAAGCAGGUGGUCCUCCUUCACUCCGCGGAUACACAAGAAGUUGAAGAAUAGCAGAGCUGAUGGAAGAUCUCCUUUAGCUCCUGUUCCAGUACUGAUGAACGCCGAGGUUAAAAAGCAGAUACCAAAGAGCGGCAACUUUUCCAGCUGUGGGGAGAAGAAAAUGAAAAAUCUAGGGAAGCUAAACGAUUCAUUUACUAAAGCCAAACCCGAUCCUUCUGCCUUCCAGUGCAAAGGACUAAUAUCAAAACUUCAAUGCAGCCUUUUCCCUCAAAAAUUAACGAUACCCGAUACUCCGGUGAAACGAACCCCCCACGCCGUUAUAAUGAGCUCACCCACGGAGAGCCCCGGCCUUUUUUUAUCCGGAUCAGUUCGAAACCAUAGGCCGCCGAGCUUAUCAGCAGGCACUUAUUCGGGGAGUACCUCUACCUCGAGCUCGCCAACCCAUUCGCCAUGCUCCAACGGCGCUAGACUAGCGAAAGAGCUACAUGUACAACAACAAAAGAAAAAGAGGUCCAGAAUCAUCAAAAACACUGAAUUGUCUAAUAUGCUGCAGGAAUUCACCGAUGAUCUCUUUGGUGAUGACGAUGGCCCGCUUUUUGGAUCAUCUCCACUUGAAACGCCAAAAAAGUUAGCCCGCCAAAAAGAGAGUAACAAGCAAUACUUGAAUAUUCCAUCCACUUCGUCAUAUAGGAGCAGUAUCAGUAAACCCCGACUUAUCAAUGCCGCCCUGUGUAACGCGUACGAGCAUUUGGCGACCAAGUUUACCAACGUCACAUUGAUUGGAAAAGGUCAAUUUUCCACCUUGUAUCAAGCAACAUUCCCUGAAACCCAGAUGAAAUACGCUAUUAAAAGCAUGACUCCAAACAGACAUAACAUGAAAAGUCAUAUUCUACAGGAAAUUCAAAUCCUAUCUGAAAUUAGCGAAGAAACACGAGAUGCGGAGGGCAAAGAAUAUGUUAUUCAAUUCAUCUCAUCGUGGGAGUAUGGGAACUCAUUUUACGUAAUGACCGAACUGUGUGAAAAUGGAAACCUAGAUCAAUUCCUCCAAGAACAAAUUGUUUCGAGAGCCAAAAGGCUAGAGGAUUGGCGAAUAUGGAAGAUCAUAGUCGAAAUUUGCCUUGCGCUUAGGUUCAUACACGAUACAUGCUCGAUAGUGCACCUAGACCUGAAACCAGCUAACAUCAUGAUAACUUUUGAAGGUAACCUCAAAAUAGGAGACUUCGGUAUGGCUACCAAACUUCCUCUAACAGACAAGAACUUCGAAAACGAAGGCGACCGUGAGUACAUUGCUCCUGAAAUAAUAUCUGAAGGUAUAUACGACUUCAGAGCUGACAUAUUCUCCCUAGGCCUCAUAAUAGUCGAGAUAGCCGCUAAUGUAGUGCUCCCUGAUAAUGGCAAUGCUUGGCAUAAACUCCGAUCAGGUGAUCUCUCCGAUGCUGGAAGGUUUAGUAGUACAGAUUUGAACUCUGACUCGAUUUUCUCAUCCACGAACAUGAAUAGUCACUUAACAGACGCCACUAACCAUGACUGUUAUGGUAUAGACAUGAACAGGAAGAACAUUGUUCCUGCAUGGGUACCCAGAUUUUUAAUAGACUCUGAUUCCCUUGAGCGCUUCGUGAUGUGGAUGAUUGAGCCUGACUACAGGAAACGACCCAGCGCAAAUGCCGUUUUGCAAACGGAGGAAUGCCAGUAUGUGGAGAUGACUAGGAAAGCAGGCGCUAUCAUUCAAGAAGACGACUUUGGUCCAAAACCAGAGUUCUUUACCUAG